AUGCUGAUCAAAGUGAAAACUCUUACUGGGAAAGAAAUAGAACUUGACAUUGAACCGACUGAUAAGGUGGAAAGAAUUAAAGAAAAGGUUGAAGAAAAAGAAGGUAUACCUCCCCCGCAACAGCGGCUAAUCUAUGCUGGGAAGCAAAUGAAUGACGACAAAAGCGCGCAAGACUACAAGGUAACAGGUGGUUCGGUGCUGCAUCUUGUAUUGGCCCUUCGCGGCGGCAGCUCUCAUUAA